AUGAUGCGCACAAUACAAUUAUAUCAAAAUGUACCGUUAAAAACUAAUGUCAAUCUAGCUAAAAUUUGUUCAAGAAAAUAUACUGCAGUUAUUCCUAGGAACAAAUUAUUAAUCGGCAGGGCUACCCAUUUAAGCAACAACAAAUUUGAGUUGCUACACAUAUUAGCCGCGUUGAACAAGUUGAAGAUCAAUGGAAUUAGGGGUAGGAAGAGGUUUGGCUUAUUGCUAAAACUAAUACCUACAUCAAUUGGCCAUGACCGCCUCAGUCAUUCAUUUGUACAAACUCUUUUUUCCUUUAAAGACCAAAAUUUCACCAAUUGGCUGACAAAAUCAUCUUUGUUACGACUCUAUAUUGUGCCGUUUCUAGAAAAAUGUAUAAUCUUAUCUCCACCUGAGCUGAUUUCCGGUUAUUCUUUACCGUUAAUACAACUUGGUAUCAAAAGUGACAUAUUUAAAACAAGAUUAGCAACAUCUACCAUUGACUAUGGCACCCACUUUCCGCUGGAACAAAUUUUACACUCUAUUUGCUACUUGCAUUGGCACCAAAUGAAUAGUUUGGAAUCGGUAAUAACUUUGGCCAACCUAAUCACAGAUGUCGGAAGAAUAGUUUCUUUUCACGAUUCACAUUUUUCAAUUGGCAAUUUGGUUCAGUGGCUAAGUGAAUUGGGCAUCCGACAUGAUCCAUUGCUGGAGCAACUUGAACAAUUUUUACUUGAACCUGCUUCUACUGUUACAAGUAAUUGUGGCCAAGAUACUUUGAAUAUGAGCAGGGAAUACGUUAGGAUGUUGUUGAUGGAAAAGGGAGAAUUUGAUAUGCCUGGAGAUGCGUUUAUUUCUUUUAGACAGCACUGGCCCGAAGAUCGUCAUGUAUCAUUUAAAAAAAUAGGCAAUGCUUAUUUUUGGUACACUGGACGGUUCAAAUACAAGCCAUUAAUGGCCAUUGGCAUGGACAAGAUAAAUAGUAUUGAUUUGUGCAAGAUUGUGGUAUUUGGCAAGUUUGCUACUAAUAAUUUGUUUGAAGCCAUAGUCUAUGACUAUAGCCCCAAUAAAUACAAAGGGGGUUAUACUAGAUGUUAUAAGUCUGUGGACGGGGAGUUGUUUGGAAGAUUCAUACUUAAAUUAGCAAUAGCUGUAAAAAUACCACACGAAAUCGCCAAUUACUUCAUCGAUACAGCCAUAGAAAAACUUAAACAAACAAGUUUAACAGGAAAAGAAGCAAUGAUUGAAGCAUCUUUUCAUAUGGGUAUAUCUGUUUGGCACAAAUGGCCCAGUUCUCUAGUGUCAAGCAUUGGGGGGUUGACCCUGAAAUCAUUAGCAUACAUUCACCUAAUGGACCUACCCAACUCACACAAUUCAGUUGUAAAAUUUGCCAACAAAUUUAAUUUGAAUUCAUUUGGCAGCCUACCUUUUACGGCAAUAUUAACAUCUGAUAGUGCCACUACUAGCGGGGGAGGUUUAUGUGACAAAUAUGUAACUCAAACCAGGAAAUUAGUCCCCCUUCCUAGAGGCACAUCCUUUGUGCCUGUUUACGAUAGGUCAACAUUUCACAACUACAAAUGGAAUAAAUCUAAGGGACAUUAUCCGCGUGGUAUCGAAGAUGCCUCCAAUAGAUUAAGUGAUCAAAUAGUUGACCUGAACAAAAUGUCACAUAUAUCCUUACACCAUGCUAAUAGUGACACCUAUAAAGAUUUAGAAGUCUUGAAAACAUCCGAAAUUGCUAUCCUAGCCAUUAUCAACCAGCUGAUUUUAAAUGGUAGUAAAAAUAUCAGCAACAGUUUACUAGAGAUAAUAACCAACAUUGGCAGGUUUAGACGUUACAUGACUACGCCAUAUAGCAAAAUUGACCAGGCUUACACUCUAUGGACCAGUGCACCAGCUCAAAAUUACAAUAAACGAAUCCAGGCACAACUCGACAAAUUGGGAUCUACAGAUUCAGUAGAUCCUAGGUUUACCAUUUUACAAUCUGAUGAAAACAAUAUAUCUGCCACUGAUAACGUUGAUAAAUUUGAACGCAGCAAAUCAAACAAGAUGAUGGAUCGCCCAUUUGGCCUGCAAAAGAGACUUGAAUACUUUGAAGAAUAUCUUCACAGACUGUCUAAACAGGGAAUGCUGCUUUUUGAAAGUGCAUCGGGGGAGAUACAAAAAACAUCGUCUCUUGAAAACAAUGUUUACCAGACCUUGUUAUCAUUUCAUUCUAGGGAGGAAGUUAAAAAACAAGUUUGUGCCACGACAUUCACUAUUGAUUUGGUAAUAACGCCCAGGCAACAAUAA